AGCGGGAGGAGGAGGAGGAGGAAAGGGAGGAGCAGCAGGAGAACGAGCGGGAGCGGGGCUAUGGCGGGAUCUUUGUCACGUUGUUUGGCGGAGGAGCGGGAGGGGGAGGAGGAGGAGGAGGAGGAGGAGUGGGAGGAGCGGGAGAAGGAGCGAGAGGAGGCGUGGGAGAAGGAGCCGGGAAGGAGCGGGAGCGGGGCUAUGGCGCGGGAAGAGGAGCAGGAGGAGGGGGAGGAGGAAUGGGGGGAAAAGCAGGAGAAGCAACGGAAGGAGGACGAACAGCAGGAGGAGCGGGAGGAGCAGCAACAGAGGGAGCGGGAGAAGGAGAGGGAGGAGGAUCGGGAGAAGGACCAGGAGCGGGGGUAUGGCGGGAUCUUUGUCAUGUUGUUUGAUGGAGGAGCGGGAGGAGGAGGAGGAGCGGGAGGAGGAGCGGGAGGAGGAGUGGGAGGAGGGGAAAAAGGAGGGGGAGGGGAUUGGGGAUGGGGUUGCAUCUCACAGCCCCUUGCUCCAUACUCUCCUUCUCAUUUUGCACAUUCCAAGGCUGCUCAGUUCGAGCUGUUUGGGAUCCUGAACUAUGGCUAUGGCGGGAUCGUUGUCAUGUUGUUUGCCGGAGGACGAGUGGGAGGAGGAGCGGGAGGAGCCGGAGGAGGGAUGGGAAAAGUAGCGGGAAAAGGUGGAGUGGGAGGAGGAGCGGGAGCAGGUGCGGGAGAAGGAGCAAGAAAUGCGAAGGGGCGGAGGAGCCACGGAAAGGGGCGGAGGAGGAGCGGGAGGAGGGGCGGCAGAAGGAGCGGGAGGGGGAGCGGGAGGGGAAAUGGGGAGGGGGUUAACGAACACGCAGGAGCCGGAGGAGGGGGAAGAGAUAUAGGUGGAGGAGGAGAAGCGGGAGGAGCACGAGGACGAGCGGGAGGAGCGGCAGGAGGAACGAGGGAAAGAACAGGGGAAGCAGUGGGAGGAGAAGCAGCAGGGGCGAGAGCGGGAGAAGGAGGAGGAGGAGAGGGAGGAGMAGCAGGAGAACGAGCGGGAGCGGGGCUAUGGCGGGAUCUUUAUCACGUUGUUUGGCGGAGGAGGAGCGGGAGGGGGAGGAGGAGGAGUGCCUUUUUUCACAAUCAAACAUAAAUAUUUUUUUUUUCCAAUCACGUGCGCUUGCACCACCAUGCCUCUCAUCGCCGCGGCGGGCCCACUUGUUCUAUUAAUAGAUCUACUCUAAACCUACCCUAGGCCCUACUGGACCGACCAGUACCGUUUCAGUUUUGGCCUCUUCGGCCUCUCCCUAACCGGCUAUAGGCUAUAGGACCUGUCUAUCAGCGUAGGCCCUUAGGCCUGUCUGUCCUCGAGGUAGUCCGGUCCUGCCAUUCGCAGUUAGGGUAGCUGUAGGAAAUCCAAAUUAGUACUGGCCUGAAAUUUUCCCAAAUUUGCAGAUAUGUCCCUCACGAAUUUCCCCACAGGCGGAUAUCACGGUUAGUCCUCAGUAAAACAAAUUUACAAAU